GGCAUCAACUUGGAAGUUUGAUGAUCAAAUAGCUAGCUAAGCUGCCGAAGCAGCAGCACUGCAGGGGGCAGCAGCAGAAGAAUAGAUAAAUGGAUUAAAUAAACAAUAUAAAGAGGGUGGACGAGAAGCAUCAGUGUAAAGACUUUAUUGGCCCUCCAACUGUACGGAUGUAACAAAACUAGGGUUAGAGAGAGGGGAAGGCAGAGAUGGUUAGGACCCACAGAGGCACCCCUUCCAAGCUGUCUCGCUUUGUUUGAGAAGCCUGGAAGACAAAAGGGUCCAACUUUUUUCUUCUUUUCACUCUCCUGCUCUUCAGUGCAAAUCAUGACUUCCCCUUCUCAUUGUUUCCCAUCACCCUCUUCUCUCACCUCUCUUCAUCAUCGUCAUUAUCAGCAUCAGCUAUUAGUAUUACAGCAAUAACAUCAAUGGAUAAAACCACCCAAUUACUGUUAAUACAGUUAUUGCUAUUUUAGCAUAAUCACUGCUCUUAGAUUCUCUUUCUUGACCAACCUUUUUCCCAUACUAACCCAAGCCCACCUCCUGCUCUUUCCUUCUAUGUGCCAUCCAAUUCCAUCACCGACCUUGCUCCUCUCUUGGCCCAUCCCACCUCAAUUCUAGGGUUUUUCUUUUCUUUUCUUUUUUCCCCCUUCCCUUUCUUUUCUUUGCUUUUAAUUCUGAUUUGUUUGCCCUCUCGAGUACCCAUCACCCUGCUUUCCGAUCUUUUCUUUCUCUGCCUAAAUUAGCAUACUUUGUGUUGUGAUCCUCUUAAAUUCUAUGGAUUCUCGGUAUAUUUCUUCCAAUUCUAGGGUUUUUCUAGGGUUUUUCUUUUAAGAUGCGGCUUAUUGUCUAUUGGGUCGACUUUAGUAUCACUUAAUCCUCCUCCAAUUUGAUCACUGCCUUCUUUUUAUACUGGAAUCUUCCUUCUUUUUUUACCUCAAUUCCAAUUUCGGAUUUGAACUAGGUUCUCUUGCCUUGCCUUUUCUUUUCUUUUCUUCUUUAGGAAUUUUCGAUUCGCUUUCAUUUCAAUUCAUGGCUUAUCAACCGAUUCCGGGUCCUAGCUCGGGAUCGAGUUCGAGUUCAGGGUUUCAAUAUUUGAAUUCUCCUUUUGGAGAUACCACUUACACCAAGGUUUUCGUUGGGGGGCUUGCUUGGGAGACUCAGAGCGAGACCAUGCGUCGUUAUUUCGAGCAGUUUGGAGAAAUUCUUGAAGCCGUUGUCAUCACCGAUAAGAAUACCGGCCGAUCAAAAGGCUAUGGUUUUGUGACUUUCCGGGAACCAGAGGCUGCUAAGAGAGCCUGUGCUGAUCCUACUCCAAUGAUUGAUGGUAGACGGGCAAAUUGUAAUUUGGCUUCACUUGGGCGACCUCGACCACCACUGCCUUAUGGUAUUAUAUCGUGUUAUACCAAUCUUAUGCUGGGACGUUUGAGACCAGCCACCCCAUUUAUUGCAAGUGUGCAAACCCCCAGGGGGACAUAUGUUGGAAAUUUUGGGUACCAGCAACCACUUCCUUACAACUACCAACAAGGAUUGAUGUAUCAUCCAUAUGGAUAUGCAACGUAUGGACCUGAAUAUGUCUACCCGCAGGGCGUCUACAACCCUUAUGCAGGUCAGCAGUACCUUCAGGUAUACGGUGUACCUGGAACAGUUAACACAGCAAUUUAUCCUUAUGGACAGUUGGGGCAAGCCCUUCCUGGAGGUCAUGGUUAUACAGCAGUGCAGGGGUAUGCCAUGCCAGGUCAUCAUAUUGUGCAGUUUGGUGGACCUAGUGUUAAUGCAAUAACGACUUCACCUAUGCCCUCUAUUCAAGCACCAUAUCCUACAGGUAUGGGUGCACAUGUUCCAGCACAACCACAGUUUAUAGUUCCUGCUCCUUCUCCUCAGUAUAUGCAGGGCAGCAGUUCUGACCAAACAGCUGGGUGAGGUGUUGAUAAAGGUAUCCUUAAGACUGCAGCAGGACUAAGAGCAGCGGAACUGCUACUUGAGUGGCGGGCUUCGAAUCUAGCCUUGCAAACUAUUUAUCUUGCAUUCUAGAGGUCAUACAUAGUCGUUCUCACCAGAGAAGUCAGAGGUCUGUGUCGCUCCAAAUGGCGGAGAAGAAAUGUGGAAGAUGCUAACAUUUCUUCCUUUACCCUAGUGUAUUAAAAACCUCAUAUACUACCAGAGCUGAGGAUGAGCUCCUGGUAAGUAUUGCAUUGGAUGGAUGCUGGAAUGGGUUUCUGGCAGCCAUAUCAUAGGAAUAAAACAGUGUAAACAAAAAAUUUAGAAUCAACAUAUGAUUCUUUUAUAGUGUUAGUCCCAGCAUUUGGGUGUAUAGGUUAGUCUUUGGUGCCUUCUGUUGGUGUCCUGCAUUGUAUUUAGAACAUGGUUUUGAGUUUUGUGCAUAUUAGUAGUAGGGGUUUCUCAUUGGACUCUCAACUCUUUUGUUUAUGAAAAGCCAAACUCAAAGAAUGAGGGAAGCUUCAGUUA